CGUUGUGCGAUACGUUUGCUUUUUAAAGAGAGCGAAUCUGCGUCACUAGUGUAAGCGUUAAGCAAAGUGUGUAGAAAUAAUAAUUUGCCAGAUUUAAACCAAAGAAAACCGGUCGGUUAAACGUGGGUGCUUAAAAAAAACAAGUGUUUUAAUUAAUUCAAUCAAUUUGAAAUAUAAAUCAUUAAAAUAAACUAAAGCUGCAGCUAAAAGCAGACUUUAGUUAAUAGAAGAAGGUGGUUUUCGUUAGCAAAACCAUUUCAAAAUUACACAAAAAUUUGUGUAUAACUUUAAUAGCGAUCGAUAUUGUAUUGUGUAAAACGUGUUAAAUUAUUUAAAUUAACGUGAAAUUCCUAAAAAUUAAAUUACUUUACAUUCUGUCGUAAACAGAAUACAAAGAAACAUCUCUACAAUCUUCUUCUUUGUGUCAUUCACAAGUGUGAUUUUCAAAUUGAAAAUUUUGAAAUUAAUCAGCUCAACAACCGUCGUCAAUAAAACGCGCAUGAUACAAGCCAAGAUGGGACUAUUUACAAAUAUUAUUAAAUGGCUAACAUUGUUAGCUGUGGUAACAGCAUUUUCUUCUGUAGCAGCUUUAGCUGCCAAUCCCCCCGAUGCCGACCAAAAAGGACCUGUCUUCCUUAAGGAACCCACCAAUCGCAUUGACUUCUCUAACUCUACUGGUGCCGAAAUUGAAUGCAAAGCUAGCGGUAAUCCUAUGCCUGAAAUUAUUUGGAUUCGUAGCGAUGGCACUGCCGUUGGUGAUGUUCCCGGUUUGCGUCAGAUUUCCUCGGAUGGCAAAUUAGUUUUCCCUCCUUUCCGUGCCGAAGAUUAUCGUCAAGAAGUUCAUGCUCAAGUUUAUGCCUGUUUGGCUCGCAAUCAAUUUGGUUCGAUUAUAUCGCGUGAUGUUCAUGUUAGAGCCGUUGUACCCCAGUCCUAUACAGUCAAUGUUAUGGAUGAGGCUGUUUUGCGUGGCAAUAGUGCCAUUUUAAAAUGUCAUAUUCCUUCAUUUGUGGCCGAUUUUAUACAAGUUGCCUCUUGGCUAGAAGAUGAGGAGCGAGAAAUUUUAGCCUCUCAUGGCCAGGAUCUACAAAGUGAUGGCAAAUAUUUGGUUUUACCUUCGGGUGAAUUACAUAUACGCGAAGUUGGUCCCGAAGAUGGUUAUAAAUCAUAUCAGUGCCGCACUAAACAUAGAUUAACCGGUGAAACUAGAUUAAGUGCUACCAAGGGACGUUUGGUUAUUACAGAACCCCUCGGCUCUGUUAGACCCAAAAUAACUGGUGGUGAUGAUAAUAUUAAAACUCCCAAAGUUAGAUUACAACAAAAGGCUACACUUUUAUGUCCAGCUCAAGCUUAUCCGGUGCCAUUUUUUAGAUGGUACAAGUUCAUUGAAGGCACAACCCGCAAACAAGCUGUUGUAUUAAAUGAUCGUGUUAAACAAGUUUCAGGUACUUUGAUCAUUAAAGAUGCUGUUGUUGAUGAUUCAGGCAAAUAUUUGUGUGUUGUUAAUAACUCUGUGGGUGGUGAAUCUGUUGAAACUGUCUUGACUGUUACUGCUCCAUUGUCUGCCAAAAUUGAUCCACCCACUCAAACUGUUGAUUUUGGACGUCCCGCUGUUUUCACCUGCCAAUAUACCGGUAAUCCCAUUAAGACUAUAAGCUGGUUAAAGGAUGGCAAAGCUAUGGGCCACAGUGAUCCCGUUUUACGCAUUGAAUCCGUGAAAAAAGAAGACAAAGGCAUGUAUCAGUGUUUCGUACGUAAUGAUCAGGAAUCGGCUGAAGCUAGUGCUGAACUGAAAUUGGGCGGCCGUUUUGAUCCCCCCGUUAUUAGACAAGCAUUCCAAGAAGAAACCAUGGAACCUGGACCAAGUGUAUUCCUAAAGUGUGUUGCUGGCGGUAAUCCUACACCUGAAAUCUCUUGGGAAUUAGAUGGCAAAAAGAUUGCUAACAAUGAUCGUUAUCAGGUUGGACAAUAUGUAACUGUUAAUGGUGAUGUUGUGUCGUAUUUGAAUAUUACCUCGGUACAUGCUAACGAUGGUGGUUUGUACAAGUGUAUUGCGAAGAGUAAAGUUGGUGUUGCUGAACAUUCGGCAAAGUUAAAUGUUUACGGUUUACCCUACAUUAGACAGAUGGAAAAGAAAGCUAUUGUUGCUGGUGAAACAUUGAUGGUUACAUGUCCCGUUGCUGGUUAUCCAAUUGAUUCGAUUGUUUGGGAAAGAGAUAACCGUGCUUUACCCAUUAACCGCAAACAAAAAGUCUUCCCCAAUGGCACUCUAAUCAUUGAAAAUGUUGAACGUAACUCCGAUCAAGCAACCUAUACCUGUGUAGCUAAGAAUGCUGAAGGUUACUCUGCACGCGGUUCAUUGGAAGUACAAGUUAUGGUGCCACCCCAAGUUUUACCUUUUAAUAUCGGCGAUGAAGUCUUUAAUAUGGGUGAGGUUUUAAGCAUAACCUGUGUGGUUGUUAAGGGUGAUUUACCCUUGACUAUGCAUUGGACUUUAAAUGAGGAACCUAUAAUAUCGGGUGCUGAUGGUUUUACUAUAAUGAAACUUAAUGCUCGCACUAGUUAUUUAAAUGUUGAGGCCUUAGAGGCUAAACAUCGUGGUACUUAUCGUUGUAUAGCGGUUAAUUUAGCCGGUUUAGCUGAAUAUGCUGCUGAAUUAGAAGUUAAUGUACCACCAAGAUGGAUUUUGGAACCCACCGAUAAGGCUUUCGCUCAAGGAUCCGAUGCUAAAGUUGAAUGCAAAGCUGAUGGUUUCCCUAAGCCACAAGUGACAUGGAAGAAAGCUGUGGGUAACAGUCCCGGUGAAUAUAAGGAUUUGAAGAAAAACGACAAUAUUCGCGUUGAAGAAGGCACCCUACACAUCGAUAACAUUCAAAAGACUAACGAAGGCUACUAUUUGUGUGAAGCUAUUAAUGGUAUUGGUUCUGGACUCUCGGCUGUUAUAAUGGUUAGUGUACAGGCUCCACCAGAAUUCACUGAAAAAUUGCGCAACCAAACUGCUCGUCGUGGUGAACCUGCUGUCUUACAAUGCGAAGCUAAAGGUGAAAAACCCAUUGGUAUUUUAUGGAACAUGAAUAAUAUGCGUUUGGACCCCAAGAACGACAAUCGUUAUACUAUUCGCGAAGAAAUCCUGUCGACCGGUGUCAUGUCUAGCCUUUCGAUUAAGCGUACCGAACGUUCGGACUCUGCCUUGUUUACUUGUGUUGCCACUAAUGCUUUCGGUUCUGAUGAUGCUAGUAUCAAUAUGAUUAUCCAGGAAGUACCCGAAAUGCCUUAUGCCUUGAAAGUUUUGGACAAAUCGGGACGCUCGGUACAAUUGAGUUGGGCUCAACCCUACGAUGGCAAUUCUCCUAUUACCCGUUAUAUUAUUGAAUUCAAACGUUCUCGCGCUUCUUGGGAUGAAAUUGAUCGUGUUAUGGUUCCUGGUGAUACUACCGAAGCUCAAGUCCAAAAACUGAAUCCCGCUACUACUUACAACAUUCGCAUUGUGGCUGAGAAUACUAUUGGCACCUCUCAAUCUUCCGAAGCUGUUACUAUCAUCACCGCCGAAGAAGCUCCCUCUGGCAAGCCUCAAAACAUUAAAGUUGAACCUGUUAAUCAGACUACUCUCCGUGUCACCUGGAAGCCCCCAGCACGUUCGGAGUGGAAUGGUGAAAUUUUGGGUUACUACGUCGGCUAUAAACUAUCGAACACCAACUCUUCGUAUGUUUUUGAAACUGUUAAUUUUGUGACCGAAGAAGGCAAAGAACAUAAUUUGGAAUUGAACAACUUACGCGUCUAUACUCAAUACUCUGUUGUCAUCCAGGCUUUCAAUAAGAUCGGUGCUGGUCCCUUGUCGGAUGAAGAGAAACAAUUCACUGCUGAAGGCACACCCAGUCAACCACCCAGUGAUACCUCUUGCACUACCUUGACUUCUCAGACAAUUCGCGUUAGCUGGGUUAGUCCUCCCUUAGAAUCGGCCAAUGGUGUUAUUAAGACCUACAAAGUUGUUUAUGCUCCCAGUGAAGAGUGGUAUGAUGAAACCAAACGUCAUUACAAGAAGACUGCCUCCUCGGAUACCGUUUUACAUGGCUUGAAGAAAUACACUAACUAUACUAUGCAAGUUUUAGCCACCACUGCCGGAGGAGAUGGUGUACGCAGCGCUGCCAUACACUGCCAAACUGAACCAGAUGUACCUGAAGCCCCCACCGAUGUUAAGGCUCUCGUUAUGGGACAUGCUGCCAUUUUAGUCUCAUGGCGUCCACCAGCACAACCCAACGGCAUCAUCCAACAAUACACUGUCUACACUAAAGUUGAAGGAGCCGAAGGAGAACCCAAAAGUCAAAAAGUACCCCACUAUCAAAUGAGCUACGAAGCCACCGAAUUGGAAAAGAACAAUCCCUAUGAAUUCUGGGUUACAGCCAGUACAAACAUUGGUGAGGGACAACCCUCAAAGAGUAUUGUGGCCAUGCCCAGCGAUCAAGUACCAGCUAAAAUUGCCUCAUUCGAUGAUACGUUCACUGCCACCUUUAAGGAAGAUGCUAAAAUGCCUUGUCUCGCUGUUGGCUCACCACAACCCGAUAUAACAUGGAAAAUUAAGGGUGUUGAAUUUACCGGCAACGAUCGUAUGCGUGUUUUACCCGAUGGUUCGUUGUUAGUUAAAUCGGUGAAUAGACAAGAUGCUGGAGAUUAUACCUGUCAUGCUGAGAACCCAAUUGCUAAGGAUUCGAUUACACAUAAGUUGAUAGUUUUGGCACCACCCAUGUCGCCUCAGGUUACAUUGUCUGCAACUACCACCGAUUCUUUGACUGUUAAAUUGAAGCCUCAUGAAGGUGAUACUGCUCCUCUACAUGGUUAUACUUUGCACUACAAACCAGUAGAAUAA